UUUUUUUUUGAUAUAAAAACAUAUAUACUAUCUUUUCUUCUUAUAUUUAUUAUGGUUAAAGUAACUGUUUGUGGAGCCUCUGGUGGCAUUGGCCAACCUCUUUCAACAUUGUUAAAGCAAUCUAAUCUUAUUUCUCAUCUUGCUCUGUAUGAUAUUGUAAAUGCACAUGGUGUUGCAGCAGACCUUAGUCAUAUUGAUACGAGUAGUAAAGUUACAGGCCAUGUUGGUCCUCUUGAAUUGGAAGAAGCAAUAAGAGAUGCUGAUAUCGUUGUUAUUCCAGCAGGUGUUCCUCGAAAACCUGGUAUGUCUCGAGAUGACCUUUUCAAAAUUAAUGCAGGAAUAGUAAGAGACCUCGCAGUAGCUGCUGCUAAUUAUGCCCCUAACGCCCUUAUAUGUAUUAUUUCCAAUCCUGUCAAUUCUAAUGUUCCCAUUGUUUCAGAAGUCUUUAAAAAGUAUAAUGUUUAUGACCCACGCAAAAUUUUGCUUUUAGAAGCUAGCCCUAGACACGUAAAUGUACCUGUCGUUGGUGGUCAUAGUGGUGUUACGAUUAUCCCUUUAGUGUCUCAGGUGCCUGGUACUGAAAAUCUGACAGACCAAGAAAUUGAAACCCUUACAAGACGUAUUCAAUUUGCUGGUGAUGAAGUUGUGAAAGCUAAGAAUGGAGCUGGUAGUGCAACAUUAUCAAUGGCAUAUGCAGGUGCACGUUUCACCCUUAAUUUGAUUGAGUCUGUCUUCCACGGUGUGAAUCGUAUUGAAUGUGCUUACGUAAAUCUUCAAGCUGAUCCACAGGGUGCUCAAUCAGUACGUCGUAUUGCAGAUGAAGAAAUCGAGUAUUUUUCAGUCCCAAUUGAGUUUGGACGUAAUGGAGUUCAACGUAUCUUACCAAUUGGUAAAAUAUCUAAAUAUGAAUACAAGUUAUUGAAAUCAGCAGUACCUGAACUCAAAAGUAAUAUUGUGAAAGGUGUUUCUUUUAUUACCGAUGAUUCCAAAUUAUAGAAUUAUAGCAUCAAGAUGUACAUUUAUUUUUAUGCAUUACCUCUUCUUUUUUUCCUCUCUAAAAUAUUGUUUAUAUAUUUAUAUAUUUAUACAUACAUGAAAAUUUGUAUGUACAUAAUAACCCCUCCACUUUAUCCUUUUUCAUCUUUAAAACUUUUAGUAUCGUUUAAUUAUUUAUUGUAAAUAUUUUUGUACC